AUGACAUUUACAAAGAGUGAAAUAAACGACAUCAACCUGGGCCUCCUUGUGGAAGUGUGGAACAAAGGCGUCAUCUGGGACCGAGCUCUCGGUUACCACUACCUGCCGCUCACGUCUGUUGCUUAUGACGAGCAAGAGUGCGGAGGACGGUGGGUGGAAUUGGAGGCCCAGUUGAUGAUGCGCGGUGGUGCCGUGGUCGGGACAACUGGACCCACGGGCCAUGCGCUACUCCUCGACUGCAGAUUCGAACCGCCUUUUGACGCAGAAGGCACAGGCGGGGCGGAUCUGCAACGCAAACUGGACCUGCUCAAUGGUGCUCUGGACGCGGAACGCGCUGAGCAGGCUCGUCGGCAACUGCAGUACGUUGCGCACUCGGGUUACUCAGAGGACUCCGAUUACACGUCGGACCUCAAUUUUCCGGUCGGCCAGCACCCGAAUUGCAGCGCGUCGCAAUUUCGGAACGCAGCCCAUCAGAUGCAUACGCCACAGAGAUCUUUGGAGGCAUCAAGAGAGAACUCAUACGAACGAGAGGAGGAAUAUCACUUGCACGGCGAUACUGACCCGUUGUACUACAACAGUCAACCUAGAACUAAUAGGAUAGACACGUGGUCACAGUUACAUGCGCAAGCGAGUGUCGAAUCAGCAAUAUCAUGGCGAACAGCGGCGGAUUGGCAUUCAGCAGAAGAUCAAAGAAGGCCGAGUCUCGAGAGACAGAAUACUCUGUAUGACGACGGGAUGGGUUACGGCUAUGACCCUUAUACGACGGGUACGCACAUUAUGGACCACCCACAUUUAUCUCAUCAGCCGAGUUACGAGGAGUACUAUGACACAACAAGCUACCCGUACCCCUUUGAGCCUCCCAUAGCAAUGUGGGACGAGCGGUUUUUAUACCACGAGUGUACCCUCAACCCGAUCGAGUACGAGAACAUCAUCAAUAAACGUCGAUCUUCUGUUGUACAACUGCCGCAGAUGCCUCCCAAACAGUUACCACCUUCGUCCCGAUACUCAGACUACAAUGAAAUGGCGCCAUACAGACCGCGGCCGCGACGUACUGCGGCUAGUCUACCUGCGACGCCAUCUUCAACGCCGAAACGUAGUCGUGCCCUGCCUGUCCCUCCAGGCAGUGAUUCGGGUUGGGGCCGACGUGGGAGGCGGCUUCCAAGACCGCCUGCAACGCAGCGACAGCAACCCGUGCCACCAGCCUCUUAUACUAAUGUGCCUUACACACAAGAACCUGAGAGAAUACCGAAGGUGCCCAAUGUUAGUUAUGGUUAUGAAACUUAUGGGUACCAAAAAUAUCAAGACACUGCCAUUGAACACUAUCAGGAUAAUACUUAUACUACGAGUGAUGAAGAUGGAAUGCAGCCUUUCUUUAAUGAAACUCCGCAUGCGACACCCUCCGCAACAACAGGAAUAUAUUCACAAAAAACGACUUGGGGUGAAAGUGAUACGAGUGCACAGUUUUCAUAUACGGUAACGGAAGAUGACAAUAAAUACAUAUCGACAACCGCGCCUUCAAAAACAUAUUCACGGGUAGAACCGCCCGUUACGAAACAGGAGGUCCUUCGUGACACAACCUAUCAAACUUACGAGUCUCAGUAUAGCGAUCAGCAAUAUCAAAAAAGUGACACGCAAAAUAGUUUUCAUCAAGAUCAAAAUCAAUACCAUCAGAAUGAGGAAAGUCAAUAUCAUAAGGAUCACAAUCAGUUUAAUCAAGAAGCCCAAGAUAAAUACUAUCAUGAUGACCAGAAACCAUACGUUGAACAGAAACAUGAAACGCAGUACCAAGAUCAAUACAAUCAUCAAUAUUCGGAAGGUCACAGAAGAAGUUUGCCAUAUGAACAGGGUCCAUAUCAACAAGAAACAGGCGUUUAUGAUAAACAGCAGGAACAAUUUCACGAUCAUUAUCAACAACAACAAGAUCAGCAGCAGGAUGCAAUUUAUCAACAGCAAUAUCAACAAGAUCAACAGCUUGAACAGCAACAAUACGAACGGCAGUCAUAUGAGGCUCAACAACAAUAUGACAAGCAGCAACAAUUACAUGAACAACAACAACUGCAACAACAGCAACAGUUACAACAGCAGCAGUUACAGCAACAACAACAGCAGCAACAAAAACAACCCGCUCAACAAAUUCAAGCUUCAGUUCUUACAGGUGCAGCUACAUUGGGUUCUUUAAUGGCUGGAGGAGCUAAAAAACUAGGUAGCUUUUUUGGCGCCGCCGCUGCCGCAGUCGCUCCACCAGCUGUCAGUCAACCACAACCAGCCGCCACAACAGCACCAAUAAACCAGUUUGUGUCUGGUAUAACACCAGUUACAACAAUUACAUCGACUGCAGCGCCAGAAACAACUAUAAUACCAGAAGUUUCACAAAUUUCUAUUACAAAUGCCACGACCACAGCACCGUCAUUGCCACGAACUCCGUCUCUGAAAAGACAGGAAUCAAUACAGCGACCGUCGGUGAGAAGGACGCGGACAUUACCUGAAGCUCCAGACGAUUUCACGUCGAGUUUCGACGAAAGUGCCUACGAGGACGAGUACCAUAAGACUGAUUUAGAUCAAGUAGAGCGUGACAGAACUUCUUUGGAUAGGUAUCGUGAUGAAGAUAAUAUUGCUCAUGAUACGAUUCAUGAAGAUGUUAUUGAAGAAGAGCGUAAAAUUGAGGAAAUAGCCCCAAGUAUACAAAAAACUGCAUCGCCCACUCGGAAGGGUUCAGUUACGAGAAAACCUUCCGUUGAUAGUUACCAGAGUCAAACGCCUUCAAUACUUGAUCGAAAAACUUCACAAAGUUCAUUCGCAUCGCACCAAGAAGAAAAGCUAUCAAUAACGACUACACAAGAAGAAACGGCCGCAGAAAAAUCGAAAGUCACCUUCCAAGAUGAACGAACGACAUACCACGAAGUUCCAGAUGAAAACACAUUCCACGAACGACAGGAAUCCUUUGAUCAAGGCGGUGAAUUCCAAGACGACGAACAGUUCCAAGAUGAGGUUUACAGGGACGAGAAAUUCGAAGACCAAGAUCAAUUUCAGGAAACUGAUGAGCAGUAUGAAGAAGAAUUCCAAGAGCAGGAUAGGAGAAUGGAAGAACUGGAAAUAGAGCCGCAGCAACCGAAACUAACGCCGAAGCAGAGAUGGCACCGUGCCUACAACAAGAUUGUUAUGCAGCUCAACGUGAGUACUUUUAUAAUUAAGUGGCUAUCGAAACAGAUUUCCAUUCUUUAG